CAUUAUGCAAUAUGCAUCUGUGUUUUAAAUGUGACAUAAGUUUCACUUUUCUUGCAAAUUAGUUGCUUAAUUCCAGAAUUCAGUCUAGAUUAUUUCUCUAUGAUUCCAGUACAAAAAUUUAAAAAAAUCUUUGAAAUACUUUCAAUUUCGGGUGGUGACUGAUGGUGACAGUGUAUAAAUUAUUUAUAAUAGUCACGUUUUAUAAAAUAUUAUAAGUUUUGAAAAUCAAAUAACAAAAUGGCAGAGGUUGGCUUCCCUGGACAACAUUCAACAACUACCACCGUAACAUCGAAUACCACAGUCAACAGAAGUAUACGAUUUGAUAAGUCCUAUUUGCAAACUGUGCCUGGUUUGCUGAAAAUUGUGCAAGUUGGUGGGUCAUUGCUGGGAUUUAUCUGUGUGGUAUGCUCUCGCGUGGGCACUGCUAGCAAGGGUGCAUACUUCAGUUGGGUGUCAAUGAUAGCCUUUUGGUUUACCGGCAUCCUACUGGGUUUCUACCUGUUUCACAUCGUAGAGAAGUUCUACAAGAUCCCGUGGCUGCGAUUGGAGUUUUUGUUCGCGGCAGUGUGGUCGCUGCUUUACCUCAUCGCCUCCAUACUUGCUACUACUGUAGGGGAUAACGCCCACUAUGCAGCAAGCUUUUUCGGUUUCGCUGCGACGCUGGCGUACAUGAUUGAUGCGUACCUCAAGUUUCGCUUAGUGCGAGCGGGUGGGCUGGCUCAAGGGUCCCGUGUCGUGUCAAAACAGACUACUGAAGUCAUAACUCCUCCUGGGGGCCGCUAUUAACAUCUUGCAAUACAGGAAUACAGAAUGGAUAAGAACCAUUGUCAAUUUUUAUUAACGCACUAUACGACUCAAUUAUCUAUCAAAUAUAUUUCAAGUUAAUGGAUUUUUAAAGUAUUUCUAGGGCAACGAAAUAAAUAUAUACAAGAUAUGUUUGCAGCAUUCACUAUGCGAACGAAUAUUUUUGUGCAAACUUUUAAGAUAAUAGUUCUUAGCCACUCUUCAAUUCAUAAGGUACCUGAUUGGUUUGUGUUUUAAUUACUGCCCGCGUAUCAAGCUAACUCAAAAUGUCUUGACAGAUGACAGUUGAUGUCUGUUUAUGUGAAAUGAUUUUUUUAAAGCUUAAACGAUUUAUUUUUUUGUACUCAUAUUUGUAUAAAGUUGUCAGUAAGCAACGCAUCAUGAGGAAAGAUCUGUGCGCCAUGAAAAUAUGUACACACAGGGUACUGAGAUAGUGUAAUUGUGCAGCGCUGUAGUUAUAUCUAUUCUUGGUUGAUUCUAUGGUGUACCUAAAAAAAUCUCUUGACAACUGUAAUAAUUGAUUCGACAGAAAUAUCAUUGCUGUGUUA